UAAAAACUUAAAUCCUGUAACAUUUUUAGAUUCACUGCUUCUUUAGCAACAUGGCAGCCAGAUCACACGUGCAGGGCAAUAGCGUCUCCGAAAGACGAUUAAGGCCUAUUUACGAUUGGUUAGAUGGUGGGCACAAUAAAAAGGCUUUACAAGAAGCCGAUAAAGUAUUACGAAAAACUGCAAAUUUACAAUGUGCACGUGCAUUAAAAGCAUUAGCCUUAUUACGUUUAGGAAAAGAGUCAGAAUGUACAGCAAUACUUGAUGUUCUGGCUGCCGAAAAACCUUCUGAUGAUCCUACUUUACAAGCAAUGACAAUCUGCUAUCGUGAAUUAAACCAAUAUAGUCGAGUAUGUGAUUUAUAUGAAACGGCAGUUCGGCAGGAUCCGACAAAUGAAGAAUUACAUACACAUUUAUUUAUGUCGUAUGUACGGGUUUUGGAUUACAAACAACAGCAGCAGGCUGCAAUGACAUUGUAUAAAUUAAAACCAAAAAAUCCAUAUUAUUUUUGGGCAAUCAUGAGUGUAGUAUUACAAGCGACACGUAAUCCAAGCAACGAUAAGAAAAAAGCAGAUUUAUUGUUAAGUUUAGCUGAACGUAUGGUUGAUAAACUCUUAAAUGAGAAUCGUAUUGAAGCUGAACAAGAAUUACAAUUGUAUUUAAUGAUUUUGAAAUUUCAAAAUAAAAAUGAGGAAGCAUUGAAAUUAUUGGAGAGUCCACUUGGUAGUAAAUUGUUAACGGGUGCUUCGACACACGCAAAAAUACCUUUUUUAAUUAAUUUAAAGAGAUGGCGGCAUUUAAAUACGUUAUGUUCGAAAAUUUUAACUGAAAACUCAGAUUUAUGGGACAUUUGGAAAUAUUAUUUACAAAGUGUAUUCGAAUUAAUGAAAUUAAAAAAUUCGGAUAUAAAAAUUGAAAAUCAUGUUGGCGAUUCUUUAACACCCGAUGAUACACCCGAAAAAUGCCAUGAUUUUAUUUGUACAUUAUUAGAAUGUUCUGACUCUGGUCGGAAGGUACGUGGACCAUGGUUAGCUAGAUUGGAAUUGUAUAUAAUGAUGGAAGAACAUAAUUGUAAUCCGAAUGAAUUGUUAGGUGAUUAUUUAGAAUUGUUGGUUGAAUAUUUUAGAAAGUUUGGUGAUAAACCUUGUUGUGUUUACGAUAUGAAAAUUUAUAUAAAACAUUUACCGAUCUCAAGGCGAAGUGAUUUAUCGUCGAAGUUAUUAAAAGACGUGGGAAUCAAUUCGACAACUCUACCACAGUCUAAAGAGCAAAUGUUACGUCACAUAUCAUCACUCGAAUUAUCACGAUUAUGUGGAGCACAUGAAAAUUUAGGUAAAACGCAUCUAGUAGCAUUUGUAACCGCACUUGCAUUACAUUAUCAACAUGGUUCGAAUACAUAUGAAGAAUUAUUACCAACAGAUGUUGGUCCAGCCGCUUCGUAUGCCAUACUCAGUGCACACGUAUUAUACGAUAUAUCAGUGCGUGAACAAUCAUCGACUCCAUUAAUUUUAGCAAUAACAAUAUUAGAGAAUCUAUUAAACGCUAGUCCAGCCAAUCAUCAUGCCAAAUUAUUGUGUGUACGAUUAUAUCAUUGUUUGGGUGCUGGAUAUGCAGCUGAACAAGUGUAUGAUACGUUAGAUAUUAAACAUAUUCAAUUGGAUUCGGUGGGGUAUUUACAUUGUGCACAGUUACCAGUGGUUGGCCCAUUAUUCGUGAAUUCACAUUUAUGUAAUAGUACUUGUACAUUUUUCAGUGUAAAUUAUAAGGACACAGCUGAUUACUUAACAUUUUCAUACAAAUUCGGAUCGUUUUUAAAAUUAGAAGAAUUAUUAGAUUUUCGAGAGCGAUUAAAUAAUAGUUCACAUCGUUACAUUGUUUUCACAGAAAAGAAAUUUCUCGAUUUAAUAACAUGUGCAAAUUUACAAAGUGUACAAAAUUUAGAAUUUAAUUUUACAAACGAUGUCAGUGAUUACAACAUUAUUCGUGAUAACCGUGAUUUAAAAGCAAUUGUUGCAUGGGAUCCAAUCACUUUAACGGAUGAAGUAGAUAAGGAAAAUCAAACUAUAUUUGAACAGGACAAAGAAGUGAUACGAUUACGAACCGCACUAUAUUAUUAUAUUUUAUCAUUAUUAAAAGUGUCAUCAGCAAAGGAGGAAGAACGUAAAGAGGCUCUUGAACGUGUUCAAAAUUAUAAGAAAAAUUAUGAAAAUGUAUUAUUAACAAUCGAAAAUGCUAAUCAUAAACCAAUUACAAUGAUGCGUGUAGCUGGUCAUUUUCCAUCUAGAUUACAUUCACAACUUCAAGUACCUUAUAGAGAUAUUUUAGAAAUUUUUGUUGAAUUAAUUUGUUCGUUAGAAAGUCCUAUUGAUGAUAACAAUUUAACAAUUGUUGAAAAUAUUGUACGCCAAGCAGAAAAAAUUGAACUACGAAUAAAAUAUGUUACCGAUGAUAUAUGUAAAAAGAUUAAGGAGCAUACCAACUCAGAGGAUUAUCAUUUACAAAAACGUACUGUUACAGAGUCAGUUUUAAACACGAUAGAGCUAACUUGUAUCCUAACAUUCUUAUGUGCUUCAUGUUGCAACAAACCAAGUCAAGGUAAAAAAACAAAGAAAAAAGGUGCUCCAACAUCGUCGGCAACAACCAUCUCGCAACAAUUAAAAAUAUUAAUCAAAACAAUGAAAUCACAUAUUGAACAAUUCGACGAAGCAUUAAAAUCAUGGUGGACAACAAAUGAGAACACCGCAACAUUAACGGAACGCUUAAACGCAUUAAAUUUAUCGGAUUGUUCUGAGUUAACAAUUUUAUCAAAAUUAAGUUAUAGUCAUACAGCUUUGGUAAAUAAUUUACAUACGAUACUCAAAGAGAAAUUAAAAAUUUUAAAUGCGUAUUCAUGAAACUAAAUCACACACAAACAUUAUUAAUUUGUAUUAAGUUUUGUCUUAAAAAUAUUAAGUUAUGU